CUUAAAAGGUUAAAAUAAGAGUACAAAGUGAUACAAUACAAUAAAAUACAUAUUUGACUCACUUUCCUGUUACUCUCAAAUUCAUAACAUCUCAGACCUAUAACAAGUAUAUGUUAUUAUUAUUACUACUUGGCACUCUCUACUCCGUACAAUCUCUACAAUCAAUAUCUUUUGUUGGUAAACAUUGGUUUCCCUUUACUCUCUUUCCCCUCUAUAAUUUCUUCAAUUUCUCUCCCUCCUUCACCAUCUUCAAUAUCCAGCCAAUAUUGACCCACGAAUCAUACCUCGAAUAUUGCUAUCACAAAUACUUGGAACUUUCACAUUGGAUACAACCUCUGACGCAACACACACCGCCAACGAAUCCACCUACACUACCUACCUACCAUACUUAAAGCUUCUCUGCCUUGUCAAAAUUGUUAGUUUGGAAUAGAACAAACUUUUCUACCUUCCAAUAUUCACCAUGUUGUUGAGAGAAAAAUCCAAAGAGCAAACCGACCGUAAGGUCUCUCCUCCUGGCCCGUCAUAUAUGUCAAAUGAUCAAUUUGGUGAGCUCGAUUUUUCUCUUCUGGUUUUACACCUACAUGAGAAAUUCGAGAGGUUCGAAAAUGGUCUUGCCUCUUUGCUAACCAUCAGCAGCGGACUACUUAGCAGAUUUAAGAAAUAAUCGUGUUACGCGCCCGAGUGGUGCAAGACCUGCCCCUCCAAGUAAACGAAGGCAAUCGAAUUCACUAUCGUCGAUAUUAUCAGCUAGCACCCCGGUCCCACCAGAGAUCCCAGCUUCUGUCGAUCUUUCACCGCGACCCGAAAGUUCCUUUUCGCGCCGACCAGCUCGAAAUUCCCUCGGAUCAUAUUCAUCAGUCAGCUCUAGAGCAGGUCGAUCACUCGUUCAGCCACCAUCUCAAGAGCCUCCUCUCAAACCCUCCGAAGUUGUACCCAGUGCUACCUAUAUAGAACGUGGCCUGAGAUGGAUGGAAAAGGAAGAGGCAGUAGCUCUACGAGAGGCUAUGGAGGACAUGGAUAUGAAAGGAGAGCAUGACGAGGAACUGCGAAUCCACAAUGCCGCGCAAGAGGAAGCAUCCGAGUUAGUCUAUGUGCACCAGUUUGGGGAAAAAUUCAAGAACCCUGACGCGCCUUAUCGAUAUAAAGACCACUUGAGGAAGAACAGUUAUGCACACGCGAGGACUCAGAGCGCUGGACGCAAUGGAGGCCUUGUUAUGGCUACAGGACUUGCUAGGGAUGCAGUUCCAAGGACAAACUCAACCAGUAGCGAUGACGAAGGACAAAAGAGCUCUGGAAGUUCAACACCUCCCUCCCCGAUCAAGACUGGCGUUACUGCAGAACCAACGUUACGUGGAUCUCUAGAUACUGGUCGAGAUGCAAUGGCCCAACAAGCGGCUACCAAAACUUACGGUAGUGUUGGCCGACCACAACACGGGAGGAAAAUGAGCGGUGGUGGUAAGAGAAAUAUUAGCGGAGAAAUCAAAGGCAGCUUUACCGGUGAACAGAUUUGGGAGGAGCCAGAACGAGAGACUGCGAGCGACUCCGAUCGUGGUCGAACUUUAGAUGGUCGCCCUGCCUCUGCUCUACGAGUCAAACCCCGAAAUCCUCUGAAUCGUGUCCAGUUUUCGGGCGAUGUUCAACGAUCGAAUAGUUCUCCUCCUGAAAUCACCAAGAAGCUUUCCACAACCGAGAUCUAUAAAAAUCCACCAACGCAAUCAAGAAAUCCUGCAUAUACUGCAAAUCCUUCCCCGGCGAACGUACCAGAAGCCGAGAAGGAAGAUGUCCAAAAAAAGAACGGUGUUGAGAUCAGAGGUGAUGAUAUACGUCAAGCGACAAGUAUGCGUCUUAGUGACCGCAGUCCAAAACUCCCCACACCCACUGCAGUCAGUGAUAAACCUGGCCGACCUAUUGUAAGCUUUGAUAAAAAUUGGAAGCCGCAAGAGGCUGAUGACAAGCCAGAAGUGCGAAGAAGAUCGCCGUUCGAUCGCCGCCCAAAUAGCCAAAAGCAAAGCCUACCUGCUCGACCAGGUCCGACGCCUAUCGCAUCAAACAAGGAUUCUAGUGCACCGUCCAAAGUGAACGUUCCAGUGCCCAGUAUAAAUUUCUCAGCAACACCGUCAGUCCCUACCAUGAGCUUUCCUGAUUCCCCUAAAAUUUCUGUUUCGGCUCCUAGUGUUCCAACGAUCAUUGAGCCAGGGUCAAGCCCAACCAAAUCAGCAUCAGCUGUACCAACGAUAAAUAUUCCAUCCAUCAACGAGCCAGUAUCUCAAUCCAGGCCUCAGAUUCCCACAAUUUCAGAGCCUGGAUCGUCACAAUCAACAGCAAGGCCCCUUCCAGAUCCGAAGACUGCCUCAAAACGUCCUAACCCACGACAAGCCCCUACACCUGUUCCUCGAGGCCACUGGUCUCCUGCGGUAGGUAGUCGAGCCACUGCAACUUGCCACCAGUGCCAAUUGCCGAUUGAAGGCAAAGUAGUGGCCCUUCGUGGUAUACCCGAGCGGUUCCAUCCGGAAUGCUUCAUAUGUUUCACAUGUGGUACCGCUCUUCAAGACCUCGAAAUCAGCCCAGAACCCGCCGCCUCCCGCGCAGCACGUCUCGAUCGUAUCAAGCGCCGCGCACAGGGAGAAAUCAUCCCCGAUACUGAAGGUGAAACAGAAGCCGAAGACGGAGAUGCUAGGCUACGAUUCUAUUGCCAUCUCGACUGGCACGAACUUUAUGCCCCUCGCUGUAAACAUUGCAAAACCCCCAUCAUCGGUGAACAUGCCGUUGCACUUGGAGAGCACUGGCACUAUGGACAUUUCUUUUGCGCCGAGUGUGGAGAUCCUUUUGAACAAGGAAUGACGCAUAUCGAAAAAGAUGGAUAUGCCUGGUGCCUUUCAUGCCAGACCAAACGCACGGAACGCAAAGCCCCAAAAUGUAAAAAAUGCAAGAAAGCCGUUCUAGGCCAGUACGUUCAAGCGUUAGGUGGUGAGUGGCAUGAUGAAUGCUUUAGAUGCGGGCAUUGCGCGGGUGGAUUCGAUGAUGGACAGAUUUUCCCUUGUCAGAGGGGAAAUAAGGGGGACGGUGGUGAAAUUAUUGUGCUUUGUACGGGAUGCAUGGAGAAGGAAUUGAAGCAAUGAAGGCCUGUAUGACUUAUGCAUCUAUGUUUUCAUCUGUAUUUCUUGUCUAUCGUUUUGCACUGUGGGGUAGGGUAGGGCUUGGAUUUGGAUGGAUGGUUGGUUUUUGGUUGAUUUCAGCAUUGAGAGUUCCGUUUGUGACCAUGAGAGCGAGCGCGUUGGGAAUAUAACAAGCAAAGCCAGCAUUUUCCUUAUAUGUAUACAUACAAUCGUUUUUUAAGAGCAGGUGAGAGUAGUAAGGAGGAAAUGGAAUAGAUAAAUUGAUGCUAUAUAAAGUGCAAGG